UCGAGGACAUAAGGUAGCAAACAACCAAAAACUAUGAUGAGAUGUUUUCACCGAUUAUAUCUAUGGUCUGUUAUAGGUGUGUAUCGAAUCCUGAGAUUGCAAUUGGUGAUCUAAUGAAUUUAUGUGGAUUUAUUAGUAUUGACUAUUCAUUGCUAUAUCACUUGCUAAAAUGCACUGAACAUGGAAGGGUGCAGACGUUUACUGUUUUUCGCAUGUAUGUGUUUAUUUAUUUUUAAGCGGGAAACGAACGCUAGCCCAAAUCAUGAAUGUUUUAACGAUACGGAUUGUGGGAAAAAUGCAGUAUGUGAUAUUUCUGGUGGCGAAACCGAUAAUGUAUGUGUUUGUAAACCCGGUUUUUUUGACAACCGUCCCACCAUUACCGCCUUAUCGGACGGGUGCCCUGGUGAAUGCAAUGAGUUUGGAGAGACUGAUCAGUGCGAGGGAAACACCCUGUGUACGCAAACACCGCAAGGAUAUGGAUUAUGUACUUGUCCAGAUAAUACCUACGGACCACCAGAAUGUCUUGGGGAAUGCGAUGAGUUUGGAGAGACUGAUCAGUGCGAGGGAAACACCCUGUGUACGCAAACGCCGCAAGGAUAUGCAGUAUGUACUUGUCCAGAUAAUACCUACGGACCACCAGAAUGUCUUGGGGAAUGCGAUGAGUUUGGAGAAACCGAUCAGUGCGAGGGAAACACCCUGUGUAUCCAAACACAGCAAGGAUACGGAGUGUGUACUUGUCCAGAGAAUACCUACGGACCACCAGAAUGUCUUGCUGAAGGUUCCACCACAACAGAGAAAUCCCGUAGAAACCUGAUCCUGGUUUAUGGAGCCCUGACCAUUCCUCUGCUUUUCCUUGUCCCUGCUGCUCUUGCCAGCGGUCUGAGUCUCGGCUGAUUAUGUUAACUACUAUGUCAUUACAGGAAUUAAAUAAAUGAAUGAGCAU